AAGACGAGUAUACCUAAUUUGGUAUUCAACUUUUUUCAUGCGUAUUUGGAAAGCCUGGCUAAAAAAAAAUGGUGAAAAUAUCCAAAAGAAUUUUAUCACCACAAAUGCCUAUACAUGCAUAGAAAUAAACGCUCAUGGAAUUAUUUUAGUCAUUGAAAAACUUCGGCAAAAUGGAAUUUCAGAAGCUUUUCUUCCAUGGCUGUAUAGCAGUCAGCCAUGUGAAAAAGUAUUUAGAGAAACUCGGUCCAUGAGUAGCACAUUUUCAACUAUGAUAAAUUAUACACUGCUGGAUGUUUUAAGAAGAUUAAAACGUAUACAAGCUAUGCAUGAGAUAAGCACAGACUUAGGUCCCAAUUUUAGAUUCCCCAGGUAAGAAAACAAACGACUUGGAAAUAAUUCAAGUGUCUUUAAAGUAACUGAGUUUCCAUCAACUGAUGAAAUGAUUAACAUAAUUAAAAAGGCCCAAGAAGACGCACUAUCUGACGCUAAAAAAAUUGGGAUGGAAAUGAACAGGGAUUGUUGUAUAGAAAUUAAUUUACCGACUUGUGACAAUCCGGAAGAGCAAGAAGAGGUGCAGGGAAGUAUAAUUAUCACUGAUACCAUUUCAAAGGAACAUGAGCCAGACCUCGAGCCAGACUUUUCUAAUGAAGACCGGGAGUUUCUUGAAUAUACCUCUACAUUUAAUAAUUAUGACUCUUUACAUUUGAGAGACUAUACGG